GUGGCUGCAGCUUCAGAAUGUGGCAGCUUACAAGCCUCUUACUGUUCGUGACCGUCUGGGGAAUUUCCAGCACACCAGCUCCUCCCGACUCAGUGUUCUCCAGCAGCCAGCGUGCCCACCAAGUGCUGCGGAUCCGCAAACGUGCCAACUCCUUCCUGGAGGAGCUGCGGCCCGGCAGCGUGGAGCGUGAGUGCUUAGAGGAGGUCUGUGAUUUCGAGGAAGCUCGGGAGAUUUUCCAAAACAAGGAAGACACAGUGGCCUUCUGGUCCAAGUAUAGCGACGGGGACCAGUGCGAGCACCGGCCCUCAGGGAGCCCGUGCGAACUCCCAUGCUGCGGACGCGGCAAGUGCAUCGAUGGUCUGGGCGGCUUCCGCUGCGACUGCGCGGAGGGCUGGGAGGGCCGCUUCUGCCUGCACGAGGUGCGCUUCUCCAACUGCUCGGCGGACAACGGCGGCUGCGCGCACUACUGCAGGGAGGAGGAGGGCCGGCGCCACUGCAGCUGCGCGCCCGGCUACCGGCUGGAGGACGACCACCAGCUCUGCGAGGCCAAGGUGACGUUCCCUUGUGGGAGGCUAGGGAAGCGAACGGAGAAGAAACGCAAGACCUUGAAACGUGACACAAAUCAAGUAGAGCAAAAAGACCAGCUGGGCCCACGGAUUGUCAACGGGCAGGAGGCUGGAUGGGGGGAGAGCCCCUGGCAGGCAGUGCUGCUGGACUCCAAGAAGAAGCUGGUCUGUGGGGCAGUGCUAAUCCACAUCUCCUGGGUGCUAACGGUGGCCCACUGCUUGGAGAACCGCAAGAAGCUCAUCGUCAGGCUCGGAGAGUAUGACAUGCGGCGCUGGGAGAGCUGGGAGGUGGACCUGGACAUCAAGGAGGUCAUCAUCCACCCUAAUUAUACGAAGAGCACGAGUGACAAUGACAUCGCCCUGCUGCGCCUGGCCCAGCCUGCCACUCUUUCGCAGACCAUUGUGCCCAUCUGCCUCCCAGAUAGUGGCCUCUCUGAGCGCAAGCUCACCCAGGUCGGCCAGGAGACUGUGGUGACAGGCUGGGGCUACCGUGAUGAGGUCAAGAAAAACCGCACCUUCGUCCUCAACUUCAUCAAGGUCCCCGUGGUCCCGUACAAUGCAUGCGUCCACGCCAUGGAAAACAAGAUCUCUGAGAACAUGCUGUGCGCCGGUAUCCUCGGGGACUCGAGGGAUGCCUGUGAUGGCGACAGCGGGGGGCCUAUGGUCGCCUUCUUCCGUGGCACCUGGUUCCUGGUGGGCCUGGUGAGCUGGGGCGAGGGCUGUGGGCGCCUCUACAACUAUGGCGUUUACACCAAAGUCAGCCGUUACCUUGAUUGGAUCUAUGGCCACAUCAAAGCGGAGGAGGCCCCUCUUGAGAGCCACGUGCCUUAGCAUCCCCCAUCACUUGUGUCUGGACCCCAGAGGACAUCCUUGGAUAGGGGCUGGAUUGUUGAAUGGCAGAUGUUGGACAUUAAAAAGGGCUUGCUGCAAGCACACCAGCUACGGCUCUGU